ACGGUAAUGCUCACAAACCCUAACAUUUUCAAGAACACGAAGAGAACAGAAGAGAGGUUAAAAUGGUUAAUCUCAUGCGGAAGUUCGCAAAACGGGUUGGUCGACCAGGAACACAAAUUUGGAGAGGGGAAGAUAUGAUAAGCUCAUUACCUGAUCAUUUGCUAUAUCUUAUACUUCGUUUUCUUACAACCGAGGAAGCUGUUUGGACGAGUGUUUUGUCUUCUAGAUGGAGACAUCUCUGGAAAUGGGUUCCUAGCUUAGAAUUAGACACGUCUGAUUUCCCAGAUGAGAGAACUUGUGCUGGUUUCAUCGACAAGUUUCUGAAUUUCCAGAGCGAAUCCUACUUGCGCGAAUUCAAGCUAAGAAUUGACCAAGCUAACUGUAGAAGUGAUGUAUCUCUUUAUGAGCCGUGUCUCGGUGUAGUGAUUAAGAAGCCCAAUAUUCGACAUUUCCAAGUUGAGAGUGAUCUGCUUGAACAUUGGUGCACUAAUGAGAUACCAUUAACCCUUUCUGCGUGCGAGGCAUUGGUGUGCUUAAAGCUCCAUUUCGUAAGGCUUAAUGAUUUUGAGUCUCUUUAUUUACCCUGUCUCAAGAUCAUGUACUUGGAAGACGUUUUCUUUCCUAGCGAUGCGGCUGUAGAGACGCUAAUCUCGUGCUCUCCGGUUCUUGAAGAUUUAAAAAUAAGCCUCAAUGGAGAUGAUGUUGUAGUUGUUUUACGUGUCUACUCACAGUCACUAAAGAGCUUCACUCUAAAACGGGCGGAUCCUGUUAAUGCUAUAAACGGUGGACAUUCAGUUGUGGUCGAUACUCCGAGACUUGAGUAUAUGAGUCUCAUAGAUUACCAAUUCAAAAGCUUCAAGAUAAUCAGUAUGAGUGACUCUGUCAAGGUUGAUCUUGAUGUCAACUUUGACCUGAUGCGUGAUAACUUAUCGGAAAGAGAUAUCAUCUAUAAUCUUCUCAACAAUUUUUCAGGAGUUAGAGAUAUGACCAUCUCAUGGACAACUCUUGAGUUCAUCUAUAGAUUCCAUGACAUGAAUCCACUACCCAAAUUUCAUGACUUGACCCGUUUGCGUGCUACUAUGUCCUUAAACGCCUCUCUGGAAGUGUUGCCAAUCGUUCUUGAGAGCUGCCCGAAGCUGAAACACUUCCACUGCACCUUGGUAAUGAUUUGCAAGUUUCUUACCUAAGAAAGGUUUUUUAAUCUACUCAUUUCUGGUUUGGAUCUGUUGCUUUGUAUUUGCAGGAAUUGGUUAAUGAUUAUCCAGUGGCAGUAAUAACUAGACUCUCGAGAG